AUGAUUACACCAAAACGAUAUUUUACAAUAGUGUCUCCCACUUCGAAGGACAUGUCAUACUCAUUCGGUUCGUUGUAUCCUGACCGAAACGAUCCUUCUAGUCACAAGAAACACCCUUCUCAAGGAUAUAAAGAGUAUUUGUUAACGUCGAAUUCUAUACACUUGAAAAAAUAUUUCGAAGUGCUUUAUUUUUCGAUCACCGGACGAAAAAUUCCUCUAAAUAUUCAAACUUUGAAAUGUUUUCUAUUCGUAUCCAUUCGCACACCGAAUGUGCAAUGUCCGUACACAACAAAUCAACCUCCUGAUGCCUUAGAACGCAUCAUACGAUCUAAAAAACAAUCGAAAGAAAAGUGCCGUAAAAGGACGAUAAGUAUGUCAUUGUUUAGUUAUUAA